GGAUGCAAGCCAAGCCCGAUGGAAAUCGGGGGCACCUCCGCCAACAUCACCCCAUCCUCCUCCCGUAACCCAAGCCCACCUUCCUCCUACUUCGCAAGCCCAAUCCCUUCCUACCAGCCCAGCCCAUCUUCCUCCUCCUUCCCCAGCCCGGCCCACCACAACGGGCCCACUGAACCCCCUUCAUCCCAUCCUUUCGCUUUCCUCCUCAACUCAAUCUCCUCAUCCCUUCCCCCACUUCGAAUUUCCAAUAGUGCCCCUGUAACCCCACCCCUCUCUUCUCCCACCCGAGACCCAUCCAAGAUGGUAACUUUCAACUUGGAGUCCAUGUCAGCACUCAAGGGCCCGUUUUAUGCAGCCUCCGCGCCGGCCAGCCCGGCCCGAACCCAUUUCGGGUUCACGCCAGCUACCAUUCCAGAGUGUGACGAGUCAGACACUUCCACUGUGGAUUCGGGCCGGUGGAUGAAUUUCAACCAGGCUUAUGCUGCGGCUGGGCCGGGCUCGCCCACUUUCAACCUCAUGAGGCCCGUUGAGGCCCGGGAAGAAGACCCGUUGAGGCCUGGGGGUGGUGGUGACGUGGCGGAUAAGGGAAAAGGGGUGGAUUUCGGGUUUGAGGCGGUGAAGCCCUGGGAAGGGGAGAGGAUUCAUGAGGUGGGAAUGGAUGAGCUCGAGCUCACGCUCGGAAGUGGUAAUACUCGGGCUUGA